AUGCCUAAGUAUGCGAAAUUUCUCAAAGAUCUUUUGAAGCGUAAGGAGAGAAUCGGUGAGCUUUCGAAUAUUCCGUUGACAGGGGGUUGUUCCGCUGUAGUCUUGAAUAAGCUACCAGAGAAGUUGACCGACCCGGGUACUUUCACGAUUCCAUGUUUCUUUGGGGGAGCCGUUACCCCUGCUCACGCCUUAGCCGAUUUAGGGGCCAGCAUCAAUCUGAUGCCAUUUUCGUUGUAUGAGCGACUUGGUCUAGGAGAGCUUACACCCACGCGCAUGUCAUUGUCCUUGGCUGAUCGAUCAGUCAAGUAUCCUCGUGGGAUAGUAGAGAAUUUGUUGGUGAAGAUUGAUAGGUUUGUGUUCCCAGUGGAUUUCGUUGUGCUCGAUAUGGAGGCCGAUGAGAGAGUUCCUAUUAUUCUAGGCCGUCCAUUUCUUCGAACCACAAAGGCGAUCAUUGACGUCUUUGACGGUAAGAUUUCUCUUCGUGCGGGUGACGAGAUUGUCACAUUCGAGAUUGAUAGAGCGAUGCAGCAUCCUAGCGGUCGUGAUGAUGACAGUGGGCCGUGUCAUUCCGUUUACUUUCUCAAUUCAUUCAUAUCUUGCGUCGACACGUGUCUUGAGUACAUUAGUGGAGCCGAUUUAGUAGGCGAGGGAGUUGUUGGCGAGCAUUCUGAGGGUGAAGUUGAUGAGGUAGAGGAGGAGCAGUUGGAUGAGAGUGAUGAGUUGAGUGCUGAGCCGUGA